AUGCUUAUCUUUUAUGUAGUCCUUUUUUUAAGCGUUUUAGUUAUAUGUUUUAUCUUAUUAUAUUAUGAAAUACUGUAUGAAGAAUUUUUUUCGUAUUUUGAAUUUGAAGAUACCCACAUCAUUGAUGGUCAUAAAAUUCUAGAUUUGGAGUCCAGUCACGAAGUUUUGAGCAUACCUGCAAAUAGCACGCUAAAAUUAGACGUUGAAUCAACUCGUUUAGAUAAAAGUCCCCUCUUGUUAAUAUCUGUUCAGAAAAAUUACAUAUUCCCGAUCGGGCUUGCUUUGCUGGCAGGAGGCCUUUUCUUUUUUUAUCCUUCGUUAUUUUUUAAACUGGGCAAUUUUGGUCUUCUUCCUAGUUUUUUGAAUAGAUAUUUUUCCCCACUUUCUGUGCCCGCACAUAAAAUUGCCAAGCUCUCUACUUAUAGGCUAUGGUGGCCUAUUGAGUAUCUCAUUUUGAUUUUCAGGUACAUCAAAUGGAUCCUCUGGGCCCCGGUACAUUUGGUGUUAGAGCUGGUUUUAUUGAUUUUCAUCAUUAUCAAAGAAUGCCUCAGCUAUUUCGUUAAUCUCAGUCUUCCGAACUAUCCAGCAGAUUUCAAGAAAAUUAACCCAAAGAUUCAGCUGUUUCCAUUUGUUCCGGUCUCUUUGACUAAGACUUCUUGUCGUAUAUUGAAUAGUUUUAUAAUUGGAAUCGUUUUUUGCGAUUUAGUCUGGAUUUCAUAUCCGAGAAGCCGGGAUUUUCCUGACGGGGUUAAUAGUACCAUUACUAAACCAAGUACCAGCAAUAGCAUAAACACCAGCAACACCAGCAGCGCCGGAAAUAAUAUUAUUUCUAACUUGACGAAUUCAAAUGCCGAUGCUCAUUCAAAUGCCGAUACUCAUUCAAAUGCCGAUACUAAUUCCAAUGCCGAUACUCAUUCAAAUGCCGAUACUCAUUCAAAUUCCGGUAAUCAUUCCAAAGAGACAGAUAAGAAAAGCUUUGCGUCGGCUUUUAAGCUUAGUUUGACCUUUAUGGAUACGCUUUUCAUUAUCGCAAACCUUAUGUCUUUUUUUCUAUGGAUCGAUGACAUACAAGCGUCCGAGACAUAUCUGCAAGAUUUACAAUUUCAUUCGAUUGGAACAUUGCAUGCUACUCUUCAAAUGACAAUAAUCGAUGUGAACGUUUAUUUUCUAUUUCAAAAACGGCUCGGUUUGCAAGCAUCAUUUGAAACAUAUAACAAAUGUAUACUAGUUGCAUUUAUUCUCUCUUGGCUCACCUGCCAAAUCUUUGGAUAUAAAGGAUGGAUUCCCAAGAUCUUUUCAUCUUUUCUGUGCGUCAUUGUAACUGCGGCCAUAGAAAGAUAUCUUGACACUUAG